GGCAGGGGCUGGCCCAGGGCCUUCCUACGCAGCAGCCGCUCCCCUUGUUUCCUGUAGCUGCCCAGGCCAGAGAAAGCAGAGAAGGAAGCCCAGCAGCGAUAAGGCGCCACCUCUCUCCUGUCGGACGACAUGGCCACCCUCACCCAGGAGCUGGGCACGGCUUUCUUCCAGAGGCAGCAGCUGCCGGCGUCCAUGGCUGACACCUUCUUGGAGCACCUGUGCCUGCUGGACAUUGACUCGGAGCCCAUCAUAGCCCGCAGUACGGGCAUUGUCUGCACCAUCGGUCCUGCUUCCCGCUCUGUGGAAAUGUUGCGUGAGAUGAUCAAGGCUGGGAUGAACAUCGCAAGGUUGAACUUCUCGCAUGGCUCACACGAGUACCAUGCAGGUUCCAUUCAGAAUAUUCGAGCUGCAACCGAAAGCUUUGCCUCUAACCCCGUUUUCUACCGACCUGUGGCUAUUGCACUGGAUACUAAAGGCCCAGAAAUCCGUACUGGCCUCAUCCGAGGGGGCGAGAACAAGGAGGUGGAGCUGGUCAAAGGAUCCCAGAUGACGGUUACCACAAACCCAGCUUUCCGGGAAUGCUGCGACCAGCAAACCGUCUGGGUGGAUUAUGCCAACUUGCCAAAGGUUGUCAAAGUUGGCGGGCGGAUCUUCAUUGAUGACGGGCUCAUCUCCUUACUGAUCAAGGAAAUUCGGAAAGAUGGCUGCAUCGUGGAGGUAGAAAACGGUGGGAUGCUGUGCAGCCGCAAAGGAGUGAACCUGCCAGACACUGAAGUGGACCUGCCAGCCGUCUCGGAGCGGGACGUGCAGGAUCUGCAGUUUGGUCUGGAGCACGGUGUUGAUAUCGUCUUCGCCUCCUUCAUCCGCAAGGCCAGCGACGUGGCUGCGGUCCGGGAGGUGCUAGGGGAGCGUGGCCGCGCCAUCAAGAUCAUCAGCAAGAUUGAAAACCACGAGGGAGUCAAAAAGUUCGAUGAAAUCUUGGAGGCCAGCGAUGGCAUCAUGGUGGCACGAGGUGACCUGGGCAUUGAGAUCCCUGGCGAGAAGGUUUUCCUUGCUCAGAAAAUGAUGAUUGGUCGUUGUAAUCGUGCCGGGAAGCCCGUCAUAUGUGCUACUCAGAUGCUGGAGAGCAUGAUCAAAAAGCCGCGGCCCACACGGGCAGAGAGCAGCGAUGUGGCCAAUGCGGUGCUGGAUGGAGCCGACUGCAUUAUGUUGUCAGGGGAGACAGCCAAGGGCGCCUACCCUGUGGAGGCUGUGCGGAUGCAACAUGCGAUAGCCCGAGAGGCUGAGGCCGCCAUGUACCACCACCAGCUCUUCCAGGAGCUGCGCCGCCUUACCCCGCUGAGCCAAGACCCCACAGAGGUGACAGCCAUUGGUGCUGUGGAGGCCUCAUUCAAGUGCUGUGCAGCUGCCAUCAUCGUCCUCACAACAUCUGGCAGGUCUGCACGCCUGCUCUCUCGCUAUCGUCCCCGUGCCCUGAUUAUCGCCGUGACCCGCAAUGAGCAGGUUGCCCGCCAGGCACACCUGAGCCGUGGCAUCUUUCCGGUCCUGUGGCGUGGCGCUAAGCAGGAGGUGUGGGCAGACGACGUUGAUCGCCGUGUGCAUUUUGCCAUGGAGAUAGGCCGGGUGCGCGGGUUCCUGCGGUCGGAAGAUGUGGUCAUUGUGGUGACUGGCUGGAGGCCUGGCGCUGGCUACACCAACAUCAUGAGAGUUCAGCAGGUCCCAUGAAGGCUACAAGAUGCCACCAAAACUAGAGAGAGAGAGAUUGUGUUUGCGUGUCCGUGUAUACCCAAAGCUGUUAAAAAACUUUUAGUUGCAUCUUCUUCUAUGAUUUUGUUGCUCCUAUUGUGUACCACCGCCCUCUUUAUAAGGCUAACCCAAUAGGCCUUAGUGCAAGCAGUGGAAUAGGAGAGACACACUUCCAUGCUAGAAAGUAGGGUUGCCAGCUCCAGGCUGGGAAAUUCCAGGAAAUUUGAGGGGGUGGGGCCUGGGGGAGGUGGGGUUUGGGAAGGGGAGGAACCUCAGCAGGGUAUAAGGUCAUAGAGCCCACCCUCCAAAGCAGCCAUUUUAUUCAGAGGAACUGAUCUUUGUGGCCUGGAAAAGAAUAGUAAUUCCAGGAGAUUCCCAGCCACCACCUGGAGGUUGGCCACCCUAACUAGAAGCCCAUAGGAGUGUUGGGCCUACACAAACCCUUCAGCAUCAGGCCAGCACAAUUCUGUGCCUAUUAGAAAAGAAAUAGCUUUUAGUCGUGUAUUGUUAUAUCUCUUUCUUUCAAACCAGGUUAUGAGCCAUGAAGUUUACUGUUAAUAAAGAAACCGUCGAGUUAAAAGA